GUUACUUGUUUAUUCACAACUCUAAAUUGCAUUCUUUCUUAUUAUUUUUUUAAAAAAACAUUUCCAAUCUUUUUCACUCAUUAAAAGAAACUAUGGCUCGUUUCAUUUGCUUCAUGACAUUUGUGGUCUUGGCAAUGAUGCUCUUUGUUUCCUAUGACGUGCAAGCUCAGCCUAUGUGUAAAUCAACAAGCCAAACCUUCAAAGGAUUGUGUUUUACCGACUCAUCAUGUAGAAAAUCUUGUCUCAAAGAGGAGUUUGAAGGUGGACAUUGUAGCAAACUUCAAAGAAAGUGCCUAUGCACUAAGAUUUGUGUAUUUGACAAAAUUUCAAAUGAAGUUAGAACCAACUUUGGGUGGGGAAGCAAAAACUCUUAAGUGAAGUUGUGCUUGAAGAUGAAAUUAUGAUGGAGUAAUUAAGUGAUAUUAAUUAAGGAUUUGAGUGUCAAAAACAAAAUUAAUAAUCUUGUAUUAUUGACCUUUAGUAGCCAGUUAACACAUUAAAUAAGUUGAGACUCAUGAUUUAUCCUUUUGGAGUCUUGUAUCAGCUUUAUGUUUGUUUUAAUUUAUGUAUAAACUAUGUUCUAUGUUUUUUCAUCACGGUUACAAUUAUUUUUUAAACAAGCCAAGAUAUCUCCUCCUUGAACAAAAUAAGGAGUGAUCUGAAGCAAGAGCUAGCCUUCAAACGCAGAGGAUGUGACGCUCCUCUAGCUAGUCGUGGCUGGUUGGAUUGCUCCACUUAGCACUUGGAUUGGUGAGUCCUCAUGGUUCGAAGACAAGACUAUGGUCAUUUUAUUACUUUUGACGUCCUUUCAAUUUUCAAACUUUGUUUGUGGCUUAACCAUAUGUAUUGUAGUAGAGGCUUUGAUAGACAUAGUUGAUUUCUACAUUAUUUUAGUCAUGUAAUCUUUUUAUAUUUCCUUAAGUAUGAGUUGAAAGAAUUCUGAGACUUAUACUUCAUUCUUA